AUGUCGAGCCGACAGCUUCGCAAGCUGCAGAAGCAACGCGAGCUAGAAGAGGUGCAGAAUAUCGUCGAGAAGGACUCGGAAGAAAGCGAAGAUGAUCAGGUGCCAGUUGCGCCCAAGCCCCGCGUGAGUCUUUUCGCAGCUCUGGGUGGCGAUGAUGAAGAUGAGGCCCAAGACGAAGACGAUGACGAAGAAGAAGAUAAGCGACAGCCUGAGGAGGACGUAAAUGAAGCCAAGCAGCCCGUCCCAACAGGAAAGGGCAAGAAGAAUAAAAAGAAGAAGAAGAAGGCGGCAAAGACCAAGACACCCCCGCCACAGGAGGACGAGGACGAGGAUGAGAUUGACAAAGCGAUCAAAGAACUCAAUAUCACAACAUCUAGGUCUGGAGGCCAACCCACCGGGGGCGACUCGACAGUUCAGACUCGUCGAAUUAAUGAACUUCUUUCCAUCAACCCAUAUCACCUCAAGGUCGCCAACGAGAUGAAGAAUCUAUUUGGUAGUGACAUUAUCCAGUCAGCCGAGGCAGAGGAAGAGCAAGAACGCAGCCGUCGGUUUAGAGGAAACGGACCCCGGGAAGUCGAUAUCGAGACGUUCCUGCGCGGCCCACCUGGGCAGCCCAAGCUACCAGAGAUAUCAUUGCGCAGAAAUGUCUUCAUCCAGGGGCGUGAGCACUGGCCGAAGCAGAGCGCAGGUGGGCUUACAAUGAAGGAGAUUAAAAAGGCGGACGACGGUUCUUGGACAGAAUACGCUUAUUUUCACGACAAAAACUACGAUGCGACACAGGCAUUCUUCUUUAGCUGUGUGCAGAUCGGAGACCCUAUGCGCAUGGUUCAUCUUCUGAAAGAGUUUCCAUACCAUGUUUCCACGCUCCUGCAGGUUAGCAGCGUGGCCAAGCAGGACCAGAACAUGGCUCUUGCAGCUGAACUUUGCGAAAGAGCCCUUUUUACUUUUGGUCGAGUCACAACCAAUGCCUUCCGUCAGAAUAUUGAACAUGGUAGGGCGCGCCUCGAUUUCCGUAGACCUGAAAACAGACAGUUUUGGCUCGCAGGAUAUCACUAUCUCAAAAGUCUUGUCAGAAAGGGCACGUAUCGUACCGCGUUGGAAUGGGCCAAACUCCUCUAUUCUUUGGAUCACAAUGAUCCUUAUGGCAUGCGACACUUUAUUCAUUUCUUGGCUAUUCGUGCCCGAGAGGGUCGCUGGCUGAUAGACUUUGUGGAUGAGCUUGAAAAGACAAGCGAUAAUCGGGAUACGGUCUACUUACGACAGUCAUUGGUGUUGGCCCACCUACAACUAGGCGAUACUGCUCGCGCAACUGAGGAGUUGGAGAAGGGUAUGAGACGAGUCCCCUGGCUGUACUGUGGACUAUUCCAGGAGCUAAACCUCGACACACCACCAUCAAUCUGGGGUAUCAGCGCCGAUUCAAACGCGCGGUCCUUUUGGGUCAAGCUUUAUAUACACCAAGCUAAGGAUCUUUGGAAUAACGCACAAGCUACCACGCUGCUUGAAAACGUGGCGAAAAAGCUCGAGAAGGUCGACACAAGCGUUUUGCCCAGCGACGACUCUCCGCCUGACCAUGGAGUCACCAGACUCACGUUCCUCGAAGGCCAGACGUCACUUAUCGCAUUGGCUCCGCGGGAGUAUCUAGAUGUGCAGCCAAACUACGAAUUUGACCCGCUGCCACCACCCGAGGAGGAGAAUAUCUUCUCGGGACAUGGCACGCGAUUACCUUGGGAAGACAGACAACAUGGUCAGCAAAGACCUACAAAUGAGAUCGAAGAGCGAUUGCGCAACAUUUUCGCAAGGCGUGCUGCUGCUGCGGCUCCCGCAAACGGUGCGGCAGAUGGUGAGGCCGGCAGCGACGACGAGGCAGCGCUCCUGGCGCAGUUAGAUGACGAGGAACUGGAACGGGACCUAGCGGCUGCCCGGAAUGGUAGUGACGGCGGCGUCCUAGGGAUUCUGAUGCAGUUGCUUGGCGUUCAAACCGGGCCGACUGGUGAGAGGCCAGACGAGGCUGAUGCUGAUCAGGACAGAGACACUGACACUAGGGCUGGGCCUGACACUGACACUGACGGUGUUCCAGGGGCUUGGCCGGAGGAUCACUGA